CAGGCGCGGGCUCGGCGGCGGCUGCAGCGCGCAGCGCUGGGCCCUGCCGGAGCCGGGACUAGCAUGUGCCGCGGCUCCCCGGCGGCGGCGGCGGCGGCGGCGGCGGCGGCGGCUCCUCUGCAGAAGCAGCAGCGGCCACCAUGGCCAAGGCCAGCGUGGAGCUCACCCGCGAGCUGCAAGACAGUAUCCGGAGGUGCCUGAGCCAAGGGGCUGUGCUCCAGCAACAUCGUGUGAAGCUAGAGACGAAGCCCAAGAAGUUUGAGGACAGAGUGCUGGCCCUGACCUCCUGGCGCCUCCACCUCUUCCCCCUUAAGGUCCCUGCCAAGGUGGAGAGCUCCUUCAAUGUCCUGGAGAUCCGAGCCUUUAACACCCUUAGUCAGAACCAGAUCCUGGUGGAGACUGAGCGAGGCAUGGUGAGCAUGCGGCUACCAUCAGCUGAGAGCGUGGACCAGGUGACACGACAUGUGAGCUCUGCCCUCUCCAAGGUCUGCCCUGGCCCUGGGUGUUUGAUCCGGCGUGGAAAUGCAGACACCCCAGAGGGACCCAGAGACACAUCCCCCAACUCUGAGACUUCCACAUCUACCACACACAGUGUGUGUGGUGAGCAGGGGCAACAUGAGCACUGUGGCUUCUCUGAGACCUACGCUGCCCUGUGUGACUACAAUGGGCUGCACUGCCGUGAAGAAGUGCAGUGGGAUGUAGACACCAUCUACCAUGCUGAAGAUAACCGCGAGUUCAAUCUUUUGGAUUUCAGCCACCUGGAGAGCCGAGACUUGGCCCUAAUGGUGGCAGCCCUGGCCUACAAUCAGUGGUUCACCAAACUCUACUGCAAAGACCUACGGCUGGGCUCAGAAGUGCUCGAACAGGUGCUACAUACUCUGAGCAAGUCGGGGAGCCUCGAAGAGCUGGUGCUGGACAAUGCCGGGCUUAAGACGGACUUUGUCCAGAAGCUGGCCGGGGUGUUUGGGGAGAACGGGAGCUGUGUGCUGCAUGCCCUCACUCUGUCCCACAACCCCAUCGAGGACAAGGGUUUCCUCAGUCUAAGCCAGCAGCUCCUCUGCUUCCCUACUGGCCUCACCAAGCUGUGCCUGGCCAAGACUGCCAUUUCCCCUCGAGGGCUCCAGGCGCUGGGCCAGACCUUCGGGGCCAACCCGGCCUUUGCCAGCUCCCUUCGGUACCUGGAUCUAAGCAAGAAUCCUGGGCUGCUCACCACAGAUGAAGCCAACGCCCUCUAUAGUUUCCUGGCCCAACCCAAUGCCCUGGUGCACCUGGACCUGUCAGGGACUGACUGCAUGGUCGACCUGCUUCUGGGUGCCCUGCUCCAUGGCUGCUGCUCCCACCUCACCUACCUCAACCUGGCUCGCAACAGCUGCACCCACAGGAAGGGCCGGGAGGCCCCGCCGGCCUUCAAGCAGUUCUUCAGCAGCGCCUACACACUGAGCCAUGUCAACCUGUCGGCCACAAGGCUGCCCCUGGAGGCCCUCAGGGCGCUGCUUCAGGGCCUCUCCCUCAACAGCCACCUCAGUGACCUGCACCUGGACCUCAGCAGCUGUGAGCUACGUUCAGCAGGUGCCCAGGCCUUGCAGGAGCAGCUGGGAUCCAUCACCUGUGUGGGCAGCCUUGAUCUGUCAGACAAUGGGUUCGACUCAGACCUCCUGACAUUGGUGCCUGCACUUGGCAAGAACAAGUCCCUCAAGCACCUGUUCCUGGGCAAGAACUUCAAUGUCAAGGCCAAGACCCUGGAGGAGAUUCUACACAAGUUGGUACAGCUGAUCCAGGAAGAGGACUGUUCCCUGCAGUCACUGUCGGUGGCAGACUCCCGGCUGAAACUCCGAACCAGCAUCCUCAUCAAUGCCCUGGGCAGCAACACCUGCCUGGCCAAGGUGGAUCUGAGUGGCAAUGGGAUGGAGGACAUUGGGGCCAAGAUGCUGUCCAAGGCCUUGCAGAUAAACUCCUCCCUCAGAACUAUCCUAUGGGAUCGGAAUAAUACAUCUGCCUUGGGCUUCCUGGACAUCGCAAGGGCUCUGGAGAGCAACCACACACUGCGCUUCAUGUCCUUCCCGGUGAGUGACAUCUCCCAAGCCUACCGCAGUGCUCCUGAGCGCACUGAAGACGUCUGGCAGAAGAUCCAGUGGUGCCUGGUGAGGAACAACCACUCCCAAACCUGUCCCCAGGAGCAGGCAUUCAGGCUACAGCAGGGCCUGGUGACCAGCAGCGCCGAGCAAAUGCUGCAGCGGCUGUGUGGACGAGUGCAGGAGGAGGUGCGGGCCCUGAGGCUGUGCCCCUUGGAGCCUGUGCAGGAUGAACUUCUCUAUGCUCGGGACCUCAUCAAGGAUGCCAAGAACUCCCGGGCGCUGUUUCCCAGUCUCUAUGAGCUGGGCCAUGUGCUGGCCAAUGAUGGGCCUGUGCGGCAGAGGCUGGAGUCGGUGGCCAGUGAGGUGUCGAAAGCUGUGGACAAGGAGCUGCAGGUGAUCCUGGAGUCCAUGGUCAGCCUAACACAGGAGUUAUGCCCUGUGGCCAUGCGGGUGGCUGAGGGCCACAACAAAAUGCUGAGCAACGUGGCAGAGCGCGUCACUGUGCCCCGAAACUUCAUCCGAGGGGCACUGCUGGAGCAAGCAGGACAGGACAUUCAGAACAAGCUGGAUGAGGUGAAGCUAUCAGUUGUCACCUAUUUGACCAACUCCAUAGUGGACGAGAUCCUGCAGGAGCUGUACCAUUCCCACAAGAGCCUGGCUCGGCACCUGACCCAGCUAAGGACGCUGUCAGAUCCACAAGGAGGGCCAAGCCAAGGACAGGAUCUGUCCUCUCGAGGCCGAGGCCGGAACCACGACCAUGAGGAGACCACAGAUGAUGAACUUGGAACCAACAUUGACACUAUGGCCAUCAAAAAGCAGAAACGCUGCCGUAAGAUCCGCCCAGUGUCCGCCUUCAUCAGUGGGAGCCCUCAGGACAUGGAAAGUCAACUAGGGAAUCUGGGGAUCCCCCCUGGCUGGUUCUCAGGACUCGGGGGCAGCCAGCCCACAGCUAGUGGCUCCUGGGAAGGUCUCUCUGAGCUGCCCACUCAUGGCUAUAAACUGAGACAUCAAACACAAGGGAGGCCCCGGCCCCCCAGGACCACCCCUCCAGGACCUGGCAGGCCCAGUCAGGUACCAGUACCUGGGACACGCCAGGAGAAUGGGAUGGCCAGCUGCCUGGACGAGGGUUUGGAGGAUUUCUUCAGCCGGAGGGUCAUGGAUGAGAGUUCCAGCUACCCCAGAACUCUGAGGACUGUGCGGCCAGGCCUCUCAGAGCCACCACUGCCUCCACUCCAGAAGAAGAGGCGACGAGGACUGUUCCACUUUCGCCGCCCCCGGAGCUUCAAGGGGGACAGGGGGCCAGGGUCCCCCACCACUGGACUCCUUCUCCCUCCACCCCCGCCCCCACCCCCAACUCAGGAAAGCCCCCCUAGCCCAGAACCCCCAAGCCUCGGCAAUAACUCUUCUCCUUGCUGGAGCCCCGAGGAGGAGAGCAGCCUCCUGCCUGGAUUUGGGCCGGGCCGGGGGCCUUCCUUCCACAGGAAGCCGGGCACUGAGGGGUCAGAGGCAGGGGACGGGGGCACAGCCCCUGGAAUGGCACAGCAGCCAGCGGUACAUGGUGUUGCCCUGCCUGGGUUAGGAAGAGCUAAGGGCUGGAGCUUCGACGGGAAACAAGAGGGCACAGAUCCUGACCUGGAUGACAGCACCCAGGCAUGGCAGAAACGGCGCUCUUCAGUUGACGCAGGUCCCGGAGCUUGGAAGCCCCCACCACCACCCCAAAGCAGCAAACCAAGCUUCAGCGCCAUGCGUCGAGCAGAGGCCACGUGGCACAUAGCUGAGGAGAGUGCCCCCAGCCACAGCUGCCAGAGCCCCAGCCCAGCCUCUCAAGAUGGAGAGGAAGAGAAGGAGGGCGUCUUCUUCCCAGAGAGGACAAUUCCAGCUAGGAAUGCCAAGCUGCAGGACCCUCCUCUAGCUCCACGGCCCCCCAAGCCAGUGGCAGUGCCCAGGGGCCGUCGACCCCCUCAGGUGCCAGGGGGCAGGGAGGAGGCUGAGACUGUGGGUACAGCCCCCGGAGUCAACAAGCCCCGGCUGAGGCUGGGCUCACAGCAAGACCAAGAGGAGUCUGAAGCUCAAGGGCCUCCUGAUCCAGGACGCCGGACUGCCCCUCUGAAGCCCAAGAGGACACGGAGGGCACAGUCCUGUGACAAACUGGAGCCUGACAGAAGAUGGCCCCCUGACCCCGCAGGUGCUAGUGCAGGAACCAGUGAGCCAGGAACAGACUGACAGCCGCUGCAACACCUUCCCCAGCCUUCCUCUCAACAUGUGCCUCACAAGGACUCAGCCCCCCACCCGUUCCUGCUCCCCCAGACCUCCGGCCAGCCCCUGUCCUACAGAGACAGGAUGUAGGGCUGGGCAUAGGGGAGCAGGAGGCAAGGGGACCAGAAGGGAGGAAACAACCUGGAAAGAGGAAGGCUCUCAUUGCCUGCCUCCACACCUUGCUCUGCAGAGAGCUAUGGAUGGACCUGUCUCCUCCCCUGGGAGGGUAGAUCUCUGUCCCUCUAUCCCCAGGGGCUUCUCCCCACUUGUAUAGAAUUAAAAAAAAAAAAAGAAAGAAAAUGAAAAUGAAAAAAAAAACAGUCUGCCUUGCAUCUCUGCUGUCUCCCCCAUUCACUGCUCCCACCUCCCACCAUCUGCUCCUUUCCCACAGGCCCCCAGGGCUUGGCCACAGUGGGGAAAGUAAAAAUCCCCACCAGGAUGGGAUUGGGCCUCCAAAGGAGAAAACAAAGAGCUGCUGACAGACUGAGGCUGACAUGUCCCUCAGCUAAGGUGGGAGUUAUUUAUAUGCAGGGUCAGGACUGCAGAAAGGACACAAAUGACAGAAAUCACCAAAUUGUGUGCAUCCAACUUCAGAGUGUGAUGAGAUUGGAAAACCCCAGCAUACGGGGAGUAGGGAGAUCAGAAUGUGGGUACGUGAGUCCACAUUCAGGCUUAAUACGGCUGUUUUAUGUGGUAUCAGCCUGUGGGAUAUGGCUUAGUAUAAAGGCCCUGGGUGCAAGCCUUGGUCCCAGAAAAAAAGUCAAAAAUCUCAACAGGAAAAUAGCUUAUAGGUGAACAGAAGUCUUUAUGCAGUAAGAUCAAAAAUUAAACAUUCUCUUUGAUUUCCUAACAAACAGUAAUGGUAACCUUGGUGUUCAAGAUCCCCUCUGAGUUCCUGAGAUGUCAUUCCUAAUGCCUUCCUACUCGUCCAAAUUCAGCUCUCUCUCUCUCUCUCUCUCUCUCUCUCUCUCUCUCUCUCUCUCUCUCUGUGCUCCCACUGAAUUAUGUAGAGGUCCAUAAUUUUGCAUCUGUCAUACUUAAUCACACUUCACAUUGGCUUGUCAUCUGCACACCUCCGUCUCUGCUCCAUAUACCUCUGCCUCCCCUAGAGGCAGGGGGCUAUGUCUGAAUCAUCUGGUUAGCCCCAAUGCCUGGUACAGGGCCUGGCACCCAGGAUAUGGUUAAUAAAUGGUUGCUACCUUAAAAAAUGAGCAACUUAAAAGAUAAAGUGAAAGUGUCAUGGUGAAUGCGCUUAUGUUCUCAUCCCAGAUCAUCAUCAUGUGCUCCAACCUCUUGCUGUGCUUCUUUUUCCCCAGGUAAUUGUUCACUUUCCCUGGUCUUGUUAGGAAUGACUCAUGUCUUGUUUCCUUAAGAUCUGCCUGAGGCACUGCCCCUCCCACAAGGAUGUGACCAUAUGGGUUGAAUCUUGGAGGAGGGGACAUUGGGUACAUUGUGGCACUGGAACGAUGCCCUGGAAGUCAGUCCUUUAGCACAUGCCCCAAAUGUGCAACUCUGUCCUCUGGGGCUGCGUGACCAGAAUGUGAGCCUGUGUGUCCUAUGCAGUCAUGUCCAUUUCCUGCAACUCUUUAUAAAAAGAUGGCUAGGGAACUGAACACCACUUUCAAAGCCAUGAGAUCAGAGCAGUACGUGAUGGUCUUUAAGGAGCAAUGAGGACCCACAUCCUGUUGUACUCCGGGUCUGCGUGAGUGAGUGUAUGCAUGUGUGUGAUAAACACAGCCCAGUGUUCUCUUAUAUGUGACUGAAAAUAUCCUUAACAAGUGUCAUACUGUGGAGAGUGUUGUUAAGCUGGGUGUGUUUGCCACUGUGUGUCUGUAGGGCUGUAGCUCUCAUGGUGACACAGUGAGUUUACGUCCUGGAGCUUGUGUGUAUCAAGAUAUGUGUGAGCCUAUAAGUCGUGGGUGCCUGUGUCGCCAUCAUUUCUCUGUGUGGAUGUGUGUGUGUGCAUGAACCACUGCAAGGUGUGUGUCUCUCUGUGAUGCUGGGUGUGGGUGUUGUGCGAAA